UCUUAAUCUAGCUUAAAACCUUUCGUUAAAUUCGCCAUUUCGAAGUUUCAACUUCACAAGCAAACAAAAAAAACCCAUCCUUUUCUCUUUCAUGCUUUUCUGCUAUUAACUAAACCAUGUCUUCACCUGGAUUCCCAGGCGGUAUGGGACCCUCUGAUUUCCACGGCCGAGCAAACAAUUUUUCCGGCAGAUACAGCACACUUCCGUCCAACAUGAAUAACUAUAACAACAAUUUCUCAAACCCAACCACCACCACCUCCACCACCCAGAAUUAUCAUAACCCUUUCUACCGAACCCAACAACAACAACAACAACAACAACCAUCGAAUUUUAUCGACCCUUCUUCACAAAUCGCACAAAAUCGAUCAUCAAACCUGAUCAGAAGAUACCUUGACCCUGCUACCCAAAUUGGAUAUAACCAAAUUUCCACACUCAAACGUACACGAACCCUCGCUGAAUAUCAAACCCAAUUCAUCAACAACAACAACAACCUUAACAACAACAACAAUAACCUUAACAACAACAAUACCCUUAACAACAACGUUAGCGACACCCCUCCUACCCACAAUUCCGCUAACCUUUAUCUUUCAAACCUUGUACUUCAUUCUGUAGGAGCUAGAAAUUUCCUACAACGUGGUUCUCCUAUGUCACCUCUUUCUCCGAUGGAUUACUCAAAUUCAUCAACUGAGUCUUCUUCCUCGGCUAUUGCCACGCUUCUUCGUUCCAAUCCUAGUGCUCAAAACCCAACACCCAUGAACUAUUCGAAUUCGAUCCCCCAGAAUUCGAAUUUUCAAUAUCAAUAUUCCAAUUUUGCUGAGAAUCAAACAACACUCCCUGACCCAGAUAAGCAAAUGCUGGAUGAUCAGUUAAUGGAGUUGGAAAAACAGCUUCUGGAAGACAUUGACGAAGAACAUGACCCAAAUUGUAUGAUUGCAAACAGUGAAUGGGCUGAGACAAUACAAAAUUUGAUUAACUUGGAGCAAAACCCGAUCCAGAUACCGGUUUCUUCACCCUGUUCAUCCAAUAAUUCAUCUUCUCCCUCUGCUGUUUUACCUGCUGCGUUCUCUUCCAAGCAAUGGUUAAUGGAAGCCGCUAACGCGAUUUCCGAAGGUAAAAUCGAUACUGCUUCGGAGAUCCUGAAUCGUUUGGCUUUGACACUGAAUCCAGCAGUGAAUUCUGAUGGUAGAUUAACAUUCUGUAUCAUCUCAGCGCUGAAUUCCCGCGUGAAUCAUUUUGAUAAUCCACCUCCAGUAGCGGAACUGUUCAGUAACGAACACGCUGAGUCUACUCAGCUUCUGUUCGAUAAUUCUUUCUGCUUCAAGCUCGCUAUCAUGACUGGUAACGUCGCUAUCAUCGAAGCUGCAUUCGAUGAAACAACAGCAGAGAACAGUUACCGCAAUAUGAUGAAUCUCUGUGUGGUGGAUUUUGAUAUUGGCCUUGGGAAAAGGUACAAGAGCCUUCUCUAUGAGCUACACGCACGGCUCAAUGGUUCACCGGCGACGCUGAAGAUCACAGCUGUAGUCGAUAACAUCCACGACGAGAGGUUGAAGAUGGUGGAAGAGAGAUUGAGUCUACAAGCAGAGCUUUUGAAUAUCGGGUUUGAAUUCAAUGUGGUGACACUGAAAAUCACCGAGCUGAGUCGCGAGACAUUGGGUGUCAACCCAGAGGAUAUUCUCGCUGUGAACUUCGCGUUCAGACUUUUCAGAGUGGCAGACGAAAGUGUGUCAACUGAGAAUCCACGCGAUGAGCUUCUCCGGCGCGUGAAGUCACUUUCCCCGCGUGUAGUAACUCUCUUAGAACAAGAGAUGAAUGCAAACACUGCCCCAUUCGUUGCACGUGUGGCUGAGUCAUUUUCUUACUACAACGCGCUGUUUGACUCAAUUGAGUCAACAGUGGGAAAGGAAAGCUUGGAGAGAGUCAAGAUUGAGGAGGGGCUGAGUCGGAAGCUGGGGAACAUGAUUGCUUGUGAAGGUAGAGAUCGCGUGGAGCGGUGUGAAAUGUUUGGGAAGUGGCGUGCACGGAUGAGUAUGGCUGGGUUUAUGUUGAACCCGGUGAGUCAGAAAGUAGCUGAGACGAUAAAAUCGCGACUCGCACCAGGUUGCCGAGUCACUAUGAAGGAAGAAAACGGUGGGGUUUUUUUUCGGUGGAUGGGAAGGACACUAACCGUCGCAUCUGCUUGGUGUUAACUCCACUCACUUUAUAUUCUUUUAAUUUUAUGGAUAUUAUUAUAUGUCACAUUGUUACGGGUACUUUAUCUAGAGAUAAUGGGUACAAAUAAGAAAAAAAAUGAAAAGAAAAAUUGGGUUGGGAAAUUGUACUGGAAGACUUGGUUCUUCUGUUUUGUUCCACCAAACAACCUUAAUAAAAAAGUGAUGAAGUUUAAGAACUGUUGUGUUACAUGCUUUUAUGAUUUUUGGUUUUUAUAAUUCAACAAUUAUGUGUUUUAAUUCAUUAUCAUAACUUCCAUGUGGGAAAGAAAGAAGUUGGUGUAUGUUUGGUUGAGAUCAUUGUAAUAUCCUUUCGGUUAAGUUAAAAAGUACUAUGGUGCGACUGUUUUAAGAUUUAAAAUUAUAUUUUUUAGAAUGAUAUUUUUAAGGUAUUAUUUUUGGAAA